AUGGGUCAGGCAGCCAAGGUUUUACAGCUCUUUAAAACACUGCACAGGACCAGACAACAAGUUUUUAACAAUGAUGCUAUGGCAUUAGAAGCAGCCAGAAUAAAGAUAAACGAAGAAUUCAAAUAAAGAAGUGAAACUUCUCCUAAGAAAAUAGAGGAGCUAAUAAAAAUAGGUUCUAAUGUUGAAUUGAUACUGAGAACAUCUGUUAUACAAGGUAUUCACACAGACCCCAAUACGCUGAAAUUGGUCCCUAGGAAAGACCUUCUUAUAGAAAAUUUGCCAUAUUGUGAUGCACCAACUCAGAAACAAUGA